AUGUCUCGGCGUGCCUUGGUCCUGGAUGGGCUUUGGUAUUCAUUAUGUCCUUCAUUCGUCCCCAGGGCGCUCAGUCGCCCCUUGCCACUCCAACAAACGAAGAAGCGAAGCUCAAGACCAUUUGCGCCAGCAAGUACUUGCACGGCAGGAAGCUCGCCACGAAGAUACUAUACAAGCGGAAAUAAUGUCAGUCACAACAUGACCGGCUAUCAUAGCUCGCGCGCCCCCGAAGCAUCUCCCACUCACGAUGAAUCACUCACCGAGACCGAGUCUUUGCCAACGGACGACGUCGAACAUUACCCUUCAGCCACCGAUAUGCUCGACGACCGAAGAGAGAAGGAAUUACAAAUCUUAUAUAAUAUGGCCAAGGACCCCAGGACGCACGAGGUAUGCGAAAACAUCCCAACCUCGUUUUUGGAAAGGAAGCUGCAGGAGGAUAUGGCCAUAAAGCCCAAGAUCAACGACGCAGAGCGUCUCUUCCGAGUCUUAAUACGAGACCGUCAAAUCCGACCGACUGCCCGACACUACAAGGCAUUGAUAUUGGCCAAUUGCGAUUGGGCGUUUGGGUCAUCAUUAGCUGUGCAAAGGCUGCUUGAUGAGAUGGAUCUCAAUAAUAUUGCGAUGGAUUCGGGCACGCUUCAUGCUGCUCUUCAGGCCGUGGCAGUACAUCCCGACUAUAUCCUUCGCCAACAACUACUUGAUCGACUUCGAGAUCGGUGGCUUCCCCUCAGCCCGGCGGGCUGGCACUCUGUAGUAGCGGGCUUGAUGCGAGAGAAUCAGUUUGAAAAGGCACUCGAGCAACUUGAAGCCAUGGAGCGGAAGAACAUCCCUAUCGAGAAUUGGUUGCACAGUUUGAUCAUCUAUAUCCUGUGUGACUACAAAGAAUUUGAAGAAAUAAGCCGUCUCGUUCGAAGAAGGGUCGAGCAAGGCCACGACCUGACGCCACAUCUUUUGUCUCAUGUGCUUGAAAAGGCAAGCGAAGACCGACACCAUGGGCUGACUCACUACAUAUGGGAAAGAAAAGUGAAUCUGGGCUACCUUCAUCCUUCGGAGGAUACCUGUUCGCGGACACUAAGUACGGCAGCGAAGUACGGCGAUCCUCAACUGGCCCAGGCCGUGUUUCAUUAUAUCCGCAAGGCUCACCUCGCGCCGAAAUCCGAUGACUAUCACCAGCUCAUCAGAUCUUAUCUGGCCAGCGGAUCCGAAGGGGAUCUUCUUGCCGGGUUCCAGGAGCUCUGCACAGUGCACGAAGCCGGACUCAAGCCCCUGCACAGUACUAUGAAGGCAUUGUAUCAACAUUUUAUCAGACAUAAAAUCGAUGGCUGGGAAGCGUGGCAAAUGCUCAAACGACUCAAAGAUUCCGAGCGAUCCAUUCCCAUCGACGCUGUUGAGCUCAUUCUCCAGACCUGGAAAAAUGACGCCAAGCACAAUCCAUCCGUCGCAGAUGAUGCCCUGCAACUCUACCGUGAACUCUACACAGUCUGUCCUGACAGCUCAAACCUUUCCAUCUACAAUUCAUUGAUCAACAUUUGUCGACGUGCCCAAAGAGUCGACUUGGGAAUGUAUAUGCUGAAAGAAAUGUCAUCCUUCGGCAUAAUCCCGAGUUGUAAGACCUUCGAACUUGUUAUUCGGAUGUGCCUCGACGCCAGAAGUUUCAAAUCUGCGUGGAUGUAUCUCCAAGACAUGCAGGAACGCGAACACCCUCUUACGCUGACGACACAAGAGUUAAUUCAAGAGAUCUGCCCAAAGUCUGUGGAUCCUUAUGCCCUACGGUUGAAAUAUCAUCCCAGUGCUCAACUGCCGGUCAACCCGCCGGUUGCUGAACCAGCCAAACCGAAUAGGCCAGGCAAGGUGGUUUGGAACAAGGAACCAAAGCCUUCUCAGGCCACGCGCAAGAGACGGAGACGUCAACGUGAAGCUCGCAUUGCGGAGAUGGAGGAGCGGCAUGAAGGUACCGUCGUCUCGGAGAAAAAGCGAGCCACUCCAUAA